GUCGAGUCAAGACGCGCUGCCAUGCUCUCUCUUUACUUUUUUAUUUUUAUGAGUUGAAACUUCGUAAUCUAUCUUUAAAGAAGCCUCUACUUGUAUAUAAACAUCAUGUCCCGCAAAGGAAAGCGAAACUGGACUGAGGACAUGAAUAGAGCUGUUCUAGAAUGCAAGAGAAAAGCACAAGAAUCACUUCUGAAGGAUUGCCCGACUAAACAAAAUGGCAGGAAGAAAGGCUAUAUACAGAUUAUGAAGGAACUAUGGGACGAUAUGGGCUAUGGAUACCUUGGUUUUACCGGGCAAAAUUUGAGGGAUCAAGCAUCGAGGCUGGAAAAGAUUCAAGAUAGCAUUUUCUCUACACAAAACAGAGAGGAAAACAUCAACCAGCUUGAAAUUAAUGACGGCGAAUAUGCAACCACUCAUCCAAGACCAGCACUGUCUUUGCAUAAUAACAGCAUAUCGCAAUACCCAGAGGAUUCCCUGGUCAAUGAGGAAAUUAGUACAAGAAAAAUACAACCAAAUUUACCUUCCUGCGAAGUUUUUCCCUCCGCGUGUGGAGCUAAACAAUGGGGUAGCCUCAGCCACGAGCAGUUUUGCGCUACGAUCAACGAUAUUUACGAUGAAAUUCAGAAGAAAUAUAUUUAA